CCGGCCCAUGCCGCGGAGCCCCCGGUUCGGGACCAGGACGCUGACACAUCCAUCCAGGCCCCGAUCUGGGCACCAGGAGAGGCCUCGGUGGGGUCAUGGAGACGGAGAGUGAACCAAACUCCAGCCCCACCCCCGGGGCUUCCGGUUCUGGGGGCUCCUCCCGCCCCCAGAUCGCCCAGAUGUCGCUGUAUGAGCGUCAGGCGGUGCAGGCUCUUCAAGCCCUGCAGCGGCAGCCCAAUGCAGCCCAGUACUUCCACCAGUUCAUGCUGCAGCAGCAGCUCAGCAAUGCCCAGCUCCACAGCCUGGCUGCUGUCCAGCAGGCCACAAUUGCUGCCAGUCGGCAAGCCAGCUCCCCCAACCCUCCCCAGCAGACCCCCACCACGCAGGCUUCGAUCAAUCUGGCCACCACGUCGGCCGCCCAGCUCAUCAGCCGAUCCCAAAGCGUCAGCUCUCCCAGUGCCACCACCCUGACCCAGUCCGUGCUGCUGGGAAACCCGUCUUCGCCCCCACUCAACCAGACCCAGGCCCAGAUGUACCUACGGCCUCAGCUGGGGAGCCUUCUGCAGGUGAACCGGACCCUGGGCCGGAACGUCCCCCUGGCCUCCCAGCUCAUCCUGAUGCCCAACGGGGCCGUGGCCGCCGUUCAGCAGGAGGUGCCUCCGGCCCCGUCUCCUGGGGUCCAUGCUGACACGGACCAGGUACAGAACCUAGCGGUCCGGACCCAGCAGGCCUCGGCCCCCAGCGCCCCCAUGUCCGGCCCCACCCAAAAGACCCCUCCCACCGCUGCCCCCCCAGCCUCGGGGCUGGCCCAGGCCUCCACCCAGGCUCUGGCCGUGGCCCACGCCACCUCCGGGGGAGCCGGCCAGUCGCUGAACCUCAGCCAGGCCGGAGGAACCGGGGGACCCGGAGGGCCGGGGGCUGCUGGCGGGAGUGGGGUCCCGGGCCCGCUGGGUCCCGGGGGGCUGGGGGGAAGCUGCCCGCGGAAGGGCACGGGCGUGGUGCAGCCGCUCCCCGCGGCCCAGGCGGUGACCGUCAGCCAGGGCAGCCAGACGGAGGCCGAGAGCGCGGCCACCAAGAAGGCGGAGGCGGAGGGGACCGGGCCCCAGAGCGUCGGCAUGAACCUGACCCGCACCUCUGCACCGGCUCCCGGGCAGACCCUCAUCAGCUCAGCCACCUACACGCAGAUUCAGCCACACUCGCUGAUCCAGCAGCAGCAGCAGAUCCACCUGCAACAGAAGCAGGUGGUGAUCCAGCAGCAGAUCGCCAUCCACCACCAGCAGCAGUUCCAGCACCGCCAGUCGCAGCUGCUGCACACGGCUACUCACCUGCAGCUGGCGCAGCCGCCGCCCCCGCAGCCGGCCCCGCCGCCCCCACCCCAGCCAGCCCAGACCCUGGUGGUCCAGCCCAUGCUGCAGACCCAGCCCCCAGACGGGGCCUCCAGGCCAACACCCCCUGGAGGGUCUAAGGCACCCCUUCCCCCAGGGCCGGUCAAGAUGGCAGCCGCCCAGCAACCGCCGCCCCACAUCCCGGUGCAGGUGCUGGGCGGCCGCCCGCCGGGCACGGCCCAGGCGCAGGCCCUGGGCAUGGCUCAGCUGGCUGUGCCCGCCGUCCGGGGCCUGCCGGGGGCGGUUCAGCCCGGAGGCCCCUCCCCGCCCUCCUCUCAGGGCUCCGGGCCCCCCGUUGACGGGGCCUCGGCUCCCGGCGUGAACGUGGUGCCCGUGCCCGGGACCGCGCACGUGCUGAAGGGCCCGGCUGCCUCCUCGCCGCCCGCCGUCGCCCAGGUGCCUGCCGCCUUCUACAUGCAGCCCGUUCCACUGCAGGGCAAGCAGCAGACCCUGGCGGUCAAACGCAAGGCUGAGGCGGAAGACGAGCGGGAGGAGGCGGUGGUGCCCGCGGGCAUCGUGCUUCCCAGCAAGGUCUCGCCUGUGGCCCAGAGUCCCCUGGCCAUGGAGGAGAAGGGGACCUUCCCCGAGAAAGCUGAGCUGGGGGCUGUGGCCGCCCCCAGUCACAGUGACCUGCCCGCCCCACCGCCUGCUCCGCUACCCGCUGCGCCCCCAACGCUGGCCAUGGUGUUGCGCCAGCCUGGAGAUUCCAAGCCGCCGCAGGCCAUUGUGAAGCCUCAGAUCCUGACCCACAUCAUCGAGGGCUUUGUCAUCCAGGAGGGGGCAGAGCCAUUCCCGGUGAGCUGCUCCCAGCUGCUCAAAGAGACCGAGAAGCCUCUGCAGGGGGACGUCUCUUCAGCGCCGAACGAGAAUCAGUCUGGGGGUCCCCUGGCCGGGGAAGACCUGACUCCAGAACUGGAUAAGAAAGCGGCGGAUCUGCUCCAGUGUGAGUACUGUGGGAACUACGCCCCAGCCGACCAGUUCCGUGGCUCCAAGAGGUUCUGUUCCAUGACGUGUGCCAAGAGAUACAAUGUGAGCUGCAGCCACCAGUUCCGGCUGAAGCGGAAGAAGAUGAAGGAGUUCCAGGAGGCCGGCUACGCCCGCGUACGUCGGCGCGGUCCCCGCCGUGGCUCUUCGGACCUCGCCCGGGCCAAGAUCCAGGGCAAACGCCACCGGGGUCAGGAGGACUCCAGCCGCGGCUCCGACAACUCCAGCUAUGACGAAGCCUUGUCGCCGACGUCGCCCGGGCCCCUGUCGACCAGGACCGGACACGGGGAGCGCGAUCUGGGUGGCACCGGCACGGCCCCCCCGACGCCGGAGCUGCAUGGCAUCAAUCCCGUGUUCCUGUCCAGCAACCCCAGCCGCUGGGGCGUGGAGGAGGUGUUCGCCUUCAUAGCUUCCUUACAAGGCUGCCAGGAGAUCGCGGAGGAGUUCCGCUCGCAGGAGAUCGACGGACAGGCCCUGCUGUUGCUCAAGGAGGAACACCUCAUGAGUGCCAUGAACAUCAAGCUGGGCCCGGCCCUCAAGAUCUGCGCCAAGAUCAAUGUCCUCAAGGAGACCUAGCAGGGGCCUAGACAAUGGCCGCCGCCCACCUCGACGGGCACUCUGAGAGAACGGGAGCGGAGACGCUCUGCCCCUCCACCCCGGACCUGGGUUUCCAGCGCAGGCAGGCAAAAAUUGGGGGUUGGGGGGGGGCCCUGCCUGCACCGGUCCUGACCCUGCCCUGGGGCAGAGCGGCCUGUUUCCUUCCUGGCCGGCCCCUCCUCCCCAAGCCGGGCCAGAGGAAAGGGGAAAGAUGAGGCCCGGGAGGGCUGCCUGCGAUCCUGCUGGCUCAGCCUGGCUGCCCCUGGGGCAGGGGCUCUGUGAGGGGGUGGAGGUGCAGCUGCCCGGCCCACAUCUCCUCCUUCCCUCCCAUCCCUUCCCGACCUCCCACCCCGUCCUCUGAGCUCCGCGUGGGCCUCGGGCACUCGGACCUGCCUCGGCCCUUGAGCCUUGUCCAACAAAAAUAUCCCAUAUUUUUUCUUCCUCAAUAAAAGGAUGAAAACCA